UGCAUGUUGGAUUUGUGGCCCCGUUUUCCCUCCAAUUGAUCCGUUUUGUUCCCCCACCCACGCGGACUCGCAUUUGUACUCAUAAGCGGCGCAUAAUGUCUCGCUGCGGACGCGCGCCGCCGACGCAGCGUUUGCUGGUCGUCAUCUUUUGUUUGAAAUUCUCGUUUGUCUUCGCGAUGGCGCAGCUGCGCUACUCCAUUCCCGAGGAAGGAACCGACGACGCGCUCGUCGGGAACGUUGCGAAAGAUUUGGGGUUGGAUGUGAGCGGACUCAACGCGCGGGGAUUCCGCGUGGUUUCCGGGCCGGCGGAACCUUUGUUUGCGUUAACAAACAUGGGCACGUUGAGAGUGAAAAGGAAAAUCGACCGAGAGGAGGUCUGUGAGCGAGUCAGCCCGUGUCUCGUCAACAUUAAGAUCGUUGUGGAGAAUCCCUUGGAGGUGCAUUAUGUCGCCGUGGAGGUUUUGGACGUCAACGACCACUCUCCCACCUUCCCCGACAACAAGACGCGCUUGGAGAUUUCGGAGUCUGCCCUGCCCGGUGCGCGAUUUCAGCUGCAGAGCGCUCACGACCCGGACAGCGACACGUUUUCAGUUCACUCGUACAAACUCAGUCAAAAUGAGCAUUUUCGCCUGGAGGUGAAAGACCGAGGGGAGGACGGCAAAAUUCCCGUUUUGUAUUUGCAUAAAGCGCUGGACAAAGAAAGUGCUGGCAGUCACCAACUGCUGCUGACGGCGCUCGAUGGUGGGAAGCCUCCGAGGUCGGGAAGCUCGCAGAUUGUCAUUCGCGUUUUAGAUGUAAAUGACAACAUGCCCGUUUUCACCUCCGAGUCCUACUCUGCGGUGCUGAAGGAAAAUGCCCCAAUUGGCACAACCAUCUUGCGAGUGAACGCCACAGAUUUAGAUGAGGGUCUCAACGGCGAGGUGGUCUACUCGUUCGGUCAGAAUGUUCAUCACAAAUUGCGCAAAGUUUUCGACGUGGAUGCAAACACUGGAGAAAUUACAGUGAAAGGACCGAUAGAUUUUGAGGCAAAGGACAAGUAUGAAAUUGAUAUUAAAGCAUCUGAUAAAGGGACAGCGCCCCUGGAAACAGAGAAAAGUGUGAAAAUAACUAUUGUGGACUUAAAUGACAACACCCCUGAAAUUGAAGUGACGUCACUUUCGAGUGCUAUUGCAGAGGAUUGCAAACCCGGGACCACCGUAGCUUUGAUAAGUGUCAACGAUAAGGACUCAGAGAGCUUCGGUCCAAGUACGACGUGACCAUCGUAGCGAAGGAUGCCGGCGAACCGCCUUUGUCCUCUCGCAACACAAUCAGUGUGACGGUGACAGAUGUCAACGACAACAGUCCAGAGUUUUCAAGUAGUC